AUGUCACCAGACUCAAGUCUUCCUCUUGUAUUUGUUGUUGGCGGCACUGGGGCGCAGGGCAUUCCCGUCAUCCGCGGUCUUGUCAGUGACGGUGCAUACGCCGUCCGCUUCCUGACCCGCGAUGCUACGUCGAAGCGUUCCCAAGAGCUUCUCAAACUCCCAAACGUCUCAGCGGUCGAGGGCUCCUUUGCAAACGAGACCGACUUGCGGCAGGGGCUGCGCGGCGCCAGCUAUGCCUUUAUCAACAUUGACGGCUUUAAUGCAGGAGAAAAGACGGAAAUGUUUUGGGCGAUGCGGUCCUACGAGCUGGCCCUAGAGGAAGGCAUCAAAUUUUUCGUUUACGGAAACCUCGACUUUGUCUACAAAAAGGGCGGCUAUGACCCGACGCUGCGGUGCGGUCACUACGACGGCAAAGGCCGAGUCGGGGAAUGGAUCUUGCAGCAGAACAAGCAGGCCCCCGAGAGCAAAAACAAGAUGGGCGCCGCGCUCUUCACCACGGGGCCCUAUAUAUCCAUGGCCGUCGGAACACGCACCCCCAUGUCUCCGACCGUCGAAGACGGCGUCGUCACCUGGCGCGUACCGCUCGGUCAGGGUGCCGUCGCUCACGUGAACCUCGACGACUGCGAGUACUAUGUCCGGUGGCUGCUGGACCACCAAGAGCGCGCCAACGGCAUGGACCUCGAAGUCGCCAUUGACAUGAUUGCCUACGACGAGCUCGCGCGCGCCUUUACGCAGGUGACUGGGCAUCCCGCGCGCUACGUCGACACCUCCCUCGCCGACUACUGGGCCGGAGGGCCGCUCGGCCGGGGCACCACCGCCGCGGGCUACAACGCGGAUCCCGACGAUCCCGCGACCAUGACGAUUCGCGACAACUUUACCGGCUUCUGGAACAUGUGGAAGCGCUCGGGUGGUGGUGGCGGCGGCGACCGCGGCGGCGGCGGCGAGCGUGUCAUCCAGCGCGACUUUGCCUUGCUCGACGAGAUUCAUCCAGGCAGAAUCAGGUCCGCGCAAGAGUGGUUUCAAAAGGAGGAGGAGAGGAGCGCGAAGCUGGGUCUGCCGGAUCUUUGGACGCGGGUCAACAACCUGCGGCCGGUGUUGAAGAUUGCAGAGGACGGUAGACAGGGACGGCUUUGA